CAUAUAUAAAUAAAUAAAUUAUUAAAAAAUACAACAAAAUUUUUAAGUACAAUAUUUACAUCUUUUUGAUUUAGAACCGAUCCGAUGCCAAUCAUGAGACGUAGAAAAUUUGUUGCACAAAAUGAAAUAUGCGCAAAGGAAAUAAACAAUAUUGUAUUACCAAGCAGGCAACACGGUGUUUCUGACCUUAAGAAAAAUAAAUUAACUCAUAACUUGUAUGAUAAACCAACCGAAAGUACGGCGUCAGUACUUCAUAUACUUCAUAUAAAUAAAACCACUAGCACCAUCGAGGACAGUGAAAGAAUUAACAUUUCUGUGAAAGAGAAACAAUCACAAAUUAAAACAACUCCAAAAUUUUUGAAAUUGAAAAGUAGACAUCACUUUGAUCAAAAACAUUAUGAUGAAAUACCUCUGAUGCACAAAAUCAAAGUCAGAAAUUCAAAGCACAAAUCAUUAACGUUUGGAGACAGUUCUAAACAACAAAAAGCUGCUGCCACAAGUGCUAGUAUAGACCAAGAAGAAAUUGAAGAUCAAUCAAUAAAAAUCAAUAAAUCCGAAGAACAAGCACCUCGCACUUCUCGUGCAGUUAUGUGUCGUAUUUGUCACGGAGGAGAUUCGAUUUCUGAAUUCGGACAAUUAGUUUCAGCGUGUUCAUGUAAAGGCACGAUAGGAAAAGUACACGUGGCAUGUCUAGAAACAUGGCUCACUGAAUCUGGUAAAUCCAGAUGCGAACUAUGCUCUAUGAGCUAUGCAAUACGACGAGUACAUAAGUACGGGAUUUUAAGAGCACUCGCAAUAUGGUUACUCAGUCAAAAUUCAAAACAGCUUGUGGUUGACAUCCUUGGAACGGUACUAAUGAUGCCAUUAGCUAUCUUAGCGGCUUGGUUGUCUGGAACCACGUUGUUAAAUCUAAUGGCACACGAGGAUGAGAUGGCAGCGUGGCCUCUAGUUUCUUCAUUCAUGUUGUCUUGCACGACUCUCGUAUGCUACUACUGUUGGAUUGUGUCCGCGGCCACUCGUCACGCCAUUGGCUGGUGGAUCUGGUACCAAUCACAGUAUGAAGUCAAACUGCAACUUCAAAACCUUCGAACUGAUGAUGAUCGUUAUACAUCGGAAAAUAUUAUGUGUAUUUAGGCACCGCCGGUAGGAAAAUAUCAGAUGAUAUUUCUGAUAUGUGGCAAUAUUUUUAUAGGAGCUUUUUCUAAUUAUUAAAAUUAAAUAUUUGGAAUUUGGAAGUAAA